GACUGUGAUGGGCUGGUCUGUGUCUCCAGGCAGCGCAGGUGCUGUUAAUGCUGUUUGCUUUAUUAAAACGUUUCAUUUGUCAUUUUGGCCAUGAAGUAAAACUUGUCAGCUCCUGUGUGAGUCUGGGAGCGUCUGAACAUACAGGGGUGGGUUCAAAGCCCCCGACCAGCCCCUCUGGUGUCGUGGCCUCUAAUCAGCCGGGGUCUGGUGGCCUCGGGGCAUCAGGCCUCCACCUGACAUCACAGGCUGCUUUCUGGUGGCCACAUAUUGUGCUGGGGGAAUAUUUGACUCUGUUAGUGAGAGACACAUCAGACUGUUAGCAGACUUUAUGGAUGAAGUGAAACACAAUACGAUGCUGCAGUGGAAUCAAGGAAGAGCCCGUUUUGGUUCUGACAUUGUCCUAAUGAACCUGAACUGACAUGUGUUGACACACGUUUCGUGUUUGCUCCCAAUCGCCUGUUUGAGCGUCACAGACCGUCUCUGUGUCUGCAGAGAGGCCUGAUUCCCUGCCAGCAUGUAAACGUGUACGUCCUCAGACAAAACAGAGCUGUGUGUAAUAAUGCACAGUAAAUAGGUCUUUCCUGAGGGAGCCCGGCCAGGUGGGGGCAGGAGGCAGUGCCAUGAAUUGUUGCUCUGUUUGGACCCGUCCUGAACACUGGCCAGACUUUAAUUAGGGCUAUUAACCCAGAGAGAGGCCGGGCAGCGCCAGGGGGGCUGCUGGGAUGAAGGAGAGGACAAGACCAUCAACCCAGGACCUUGGCUUUGAGAGACGACGUGACGAUGAAGCUCAGGGAGCGACUCAUAGGAUGCUCCUGUUCGCAUGUCUCAGUCUGUGUACGUUCUCUCCACUGUUUGCAGCUGCUGACAGGUUUUGCUUUUCACGCGGUACCAGAACUACAGACACAUGCUCCUAUCUGAAGUAAAGUCUCCACUGAGCUGCACGCAUGGAGAACCUGCAUGUUCUGGGCUGAUGCAUGUUCCCAGUCUCCCCAUCACGGCCUCCGUGACUGUCUGUGUCUCCCUCCAGAUGCCCUCUCGCUGCAGGAACAUCCUGAACAUCGUGGUGACCACCCUUUUCGCUGCCGUGGUCCUCUUCACCAUCCUGCUGGCCUAUGUCACAGGCUACCAGUUUAUCCACACCGAGCAGCACCACCUGUCCUUCGGCCUCUAUGGUGCCUUCCUCUCCCUCCACCUCUUCCUCCAGAGCCUGUUUGCCUUUCUAGAGCACCGGCGCAUGCGGGGCCCGGCCCGGCCCCAGCACCUCCGUCGCUCCGUGGCCCUGUGCAUCGCUGCCUACCAGGAGGACCCAGACUACCUGAGGAAGUGCCUGCGCAGCGUGCGGCGGAUCUCCUUCCCCGGCCUUAAAGUGGUCCUGGUGGUGGACGGGAACCGCCCCGAGGACCGCUACAUGAUGGACAUUUUCCAAGAGGUGAUGGGCGGCGCCGAGCAGGCCGGCAGCAUGGUGUGGAAGGGGAACUUCCACAGCGACGGGAGCGGACAGGGACGUGUGGGGAGUGGACAGAGGGGCACGGUGCACAAGGAGGAGGCGGCCCGGGUCGCUCGGCUGGUCACUGGCUGCCGCUACGUCUGCGUGAUGCAGGAGUGGGGAGGGAAGAGGGAGGUGAUGUACACGGCCUUCAAAGCACUGGGCGACAGUGUGGAUUAUGUGCAGGUGUGUGACUCCGACACAGUGUUGGACCCAGCAUGUACCAUAGAAAUGCUGAAGAUCCUUGAGGACGAUCCCAUGGUGGGAGGAGUGGGUGGAGACGUACAGAUCCUUAACAAGUACGACUCCUGGAUCUCCUUCCUCAGCAGCGUGCGCUACUGGAUGGCCUUCAACAUUGAGCGGGCCUGCCAGUCCUACUUCGGGUGCGUGCAGUGCAUCAGCGGCCCGUUGGGGAUGUACAGGAACUCCUUGCUCCAGAGGUUCCUGGAGCCCUGGUACCACCAGACCUUCCUUGGCUCCAAGUGCAGCUUUGGCGACGACCGUCACCUCACCAACCGGGUGCUCAGCUUUGGCUUCAAGACCAAAUUCACGGCGCGGUCGCAGUGCCAGACUGAGACGCCGACCCAGUACCUGCGCUGGCUCAACCAGCAGACUCGAUGGAGCAAGUCCUACUUCCGCGAGUGGCUGUACAACGCCCUGUGGUUCCACAAGCACAGCCUGUGGAUGACGUACGAGUCGGUGGUGACGGGCUUCUUCCCGUUCUUCUUGGUGGCCACUGUGAUUCACCUGUUCUACCGCGGGCGUCUGUGGAACAUCCUGCUUUUCCUGCUGACUGUGCAGCUGGUGGGGAUGGUGAAGGCGACGUACGCCUGCUUCCUGCGCGGCAGCCUGGUCAUGAUCUUCAUGUCGCUCUACUCCCUCCUCUACAUGUCCAGCUUGCUUCCAGCCAAGAUCUUUGCUUUGCUCACCAUCAACAAGGCCGGAUGGGGCACGUCCGGCCGCAAGAAGAUUGUGGUGAAUUUGAUGGGCGCUGUGCCGGUGACGGUGUGGGCGCUGGUGCUGCUGGGAGGCGUGGUGUACACGAUCUACUGUGAAACGCAGGAGCCGUUUAGCGAGACAGAAAAGGCCCUGCUGAUAGCAGGGACGGUGCUUUACGCCUGUUACUGGCUCAUCCUGCUGGUGCUCUACCUGGCCAUCGUAGCCAAACGCUGCAACAAGAGGGAGGAGCAGUAUCACCUGCCCUACGCAGAGGCGUAAGCCUGCUAGCGGAGGAGUCUGGUCUAUGACUGGUGACCGAGUGCUGCUAGAGUGAUGAGCUGCCAACCAGGACGUCACUCACAUCUUCUUCACUGGUGCAAAAAACAGGCGUGAAUCUGAUCUCUGAGCAGCAGGACUCUGGUUCAGUCCAAUCAGAGACACCAGUGUCCAUUUAUACCCACAGUCAAUGGUGCUUCCCGUCAGGAAACCAACUGACAUGUGUUUGUUGUCCAGUAGUCAAUCAGGAAAUAAUUAAAAAUGUACGAGUUGGGUUCUGGACUCACACAGUAACCACCAAAAAGGAACAGAAUAAGAGACAACCUGAAAGACAAAGAGAGAACAGAAACUGCUGGAGUCCAAUGGCUCAACUUACACAUUACGUUAAAGGUGCAACAGAGGCAUCUAGUGGACGCUGUCUGAGCAUUAAAGGCUCCGUAGCGUCCACCGUCCGUUAGCAGCAGGAAGUGAUGAGCUACAGUAACCACAGGUCACAGCUUCAGUGUGUGACUCACUUAUGUGUUACCAAAGCAGCACAAUCAGCAUUUUCCAGCUGCAAUGUCUGAAAUGAUCUCCAGCGACACUGACCCUGAAGCACAGAUACAAGCCUGCCACUGACUGGAGGUUACAGCCUGGACACACACCCACAACACACACAUGAAUAUUCUGUGUUCCAUCCCACUGCACCAAGAGGCGUAGUUGUUAUGUAGGAGUAGUUACUGGUUUCUGUACCUACGACCCUGAACCAGGAGAAGUCCACGUGAUGCUUUAGCACUGACUGAGCGUGACCCGUCUGCAAGAUCUGUAGAAGAUGAGAGGUUCCCUUAUCCUCGGUACUCGCAGCUGGACGUGUCCAGAGCUCACACUGAGGCUGUUUGUCUGCUUAAUAUUGAACUAUUUUGGUGCUGAUGGACAAAUGAAUCACUUACUGUUGUAUUUGUGGCCCAGUUUUCAGUGUCCAGGCGCUGGUUGGUUGUAGUUAUUACAAAUCUUACAUGUGUAGCAAUGCUGCCAGAUUCAGGUUCAUAGUUUCAUAGUGAACGUGUCCGUUUUUUACUAAAUGUAAUUGUUUACAUUCAUUCAGCUCUGGAGUGAAGACCAAAGAGGCUUCUCCUGAGCUUUGCUUUCACUCCUGAUCUUGUGUUUUCCACUUUCCAGUCGCUAAACGUUUCGGCCUCAUGAACAUCAUUCACAUCCACAGAGACUCCAAGUUCAAACUGUCAGUGUUGGAAGUUUAAAAAGGUCAUUAACAGAGAGCUGCCUCAACCUGCUGCGUUGCAACUUGUUUUCCAUCACAGGGAACUGGAAUUUUCCUGUUGUUAAUGCUGCUUCCGCUUUCGGACACAGUCGUCCAUUCAUAGCAAAAGGAGACUGCGCUCAGAUUCCAUGGACUUAAUGCCUUGAUGCAAUGGUUGUAAUGUUUUGUAUUGUUACUUUAGGAGCUGAACAUUUUAAACAAUAAAUUGGUGUGAACCAGCA